ACAAUAUAGCAAAAUAACAAAACGUACAGUGAUGUACACUGGUCAGAAGAUUCAAGAAUAAUACUUCACUAGCAUAAGAUAUUCAGCAGUUAACUCGCGAUUGCUGCUUGGAAUCAAGAUUCGCAUCAGGUGAAAAAUACCAAAAAACGCACCUGUGCUGAACAGGUUAAGGAGUGUAAAGACUUGGGAAAAAGAGGGAAAAAGGAGCUGUAAGAGUGAUUAUCUGAAGAUCUGAGUCAUCAUAUCUUGACAACUUUAAAUAAAGCAACAUGGAGCCAGGAAAAAAAGCAGCAGGGAAACAAAUGGAAACUCUCCAGUCACCACUAAAAAUGACAAUAGUGCUGAUAGUUGCAACAGUUGUAGUAGUUGUUGGUAAUGCGGUAACAUCAACAAUAGCUGCAAUAGCAGUAGGAGCAGCAGCUGGAGCAGCAGCAGGAGUUGGCAUUUUACCAUCACUUUGGGAGGCAGAAGCACGAAUAGAAGCUUCAGCUAUAGCAGUAACAGGAGUAGCAGGAGGCCUAGCAGGAACAACAGCAGCAAUAUUUCUCUCACUGUUAGGAGCACAGUCACUAACAGGAUCAGCAGUAACUGGAGCAAUGGCAGGAGCUGCAAUAGUAGCAGUAAAUAGAUCACAAUUACAAUGGAUAAUAGAAACAAUACAGCGGAUAAUAGAUUACCUACAAUGGGUGGUAGCCCUAGUAAAAAGAAUAAAAGCAGCAUUACCCACAGCAGCAGUAAUUGGAGGAUCAGGGUUAGCAACAGCAGCUCUAUUAAAACAAACAUUAAAAGCAGGAUCAGAAGCAGCAGGAUCAGGUCUAGCAUCAGGAUCAACAGGAUCAGCAGCAUCUGAAGCAUCAGGGUCAGGGUCAUCUGAACCAUCAGCAUCAGGACCAGGGUCAUCUGAACCAUCAGCAUCAGGACCAGGGUCGUCUGAACCAUCAGCAUCAGGACCAGGGUCAUCUGAACCAUCAGCAUCAGGACCAGGGUCAUCAGGGGCAGGGACAGGGGCAGGAGCAGGACUAGGUGCAGGACUAGGAGCAGGACUUGGAGCAGGACUUGGAGCAGGACUAGGAGCAGGACUAGGAGCAGGAUUAGGAGUAAUAGGAGCAGUACUAGGAGUAAUAGGAGCAGCAAUCGGAGCAUUAUUUGGAGGAUGUGGGAGAGGACCAGGAUCAGGAAAUAAUGGAUCACAACAGAAAGGACAAUCACAGACAAAAGACAAACCUCCACAGAUGAUGAUGAAUGAGGAUAAACCUCCAGAAACAGAUAAAUCUUCAAAAACAGAUGAACCUACAGAAACAGAUGAACCUCCAAAAACAAAUGAACCUCCAAAAACAGAAGAAUCUCCAAAGACAGAUGAACCUCCAAAAACAGAUGAACCUCCAAAAACUGAUGAACCUCCAGAAACAGAAGAAUCCCCAGAAACAGAAGAAUCUCCAAAAAUAGAUGAACCUCCAGAAACAGAUGAACCUCCAGAAACAGAAGAAUCUCCAGAAACAGAAGAAUCUCCAAAAACAGAUGAACCUCCAAAAACAGAUGAAGCUCCAGAAACAGAAGAACCUCCAGAAACAGAAGAAACUCCAGAAACAGAAGAACCUCCAGAAACAGAUGAAUCUCCAGAAACAGAAGAACCUCCAGAAACAGAAGAAUCUCCAAAAACAGAUGAACCUCCUCUCAUACUAGAUUCACAUGAAAACACAGAGAAGUGUGAAACAGAAAACAGCCUCCAUGAUCAUUUGACUGAUGGUGAAUCAAAUGAUUCCAUAAAGAGAGAGAACAAAGACAGUGGAGCAGCAGGAGUCCAUCCAGAUCAACAGGAAAUAACUGAAAGUGGAAAAUUAAAUCCUCUAUUUUGCAGACUUAAUCUUAACAAAAAACUGCGAGCUGCAGAUGUUCUUCAGAUAACUGAAUAUUCAUUACAAUCAAAUGAGUCUUGUAAUGAAGAGGAACUAAUUCAGACUUUCAUACAUAAACUACUGAUGAUGAACUACAGAGCAAGAUACAUUAAUGUUAAUAAGGCCAGUGAACAGGAUCAAACACAACAAAGCAACAAUGACUCAUCUGAAGAUGAGGGUGAUAUUUUUAAAGUUCCUGACCAAACCUCUUUGUCAAAAACAAGCCAAUCUGAGCGAAUCCACCCGAUGGAUGUUCAGAUGGCGGUGUUUCAUUGUGCUGAUGGUUUCCUGAAGCAGCUGAUGGUGACUAAACUGUCCCAGUGUCAGUAUGCUCUGCCUCUGCUGGUUCCUGAUCCAGUCACAAAACAGAUUGAGUUUCCUCUCUGGACAUUCAGACAAAUCAACAAGAGCUGGAAGACGAGAAACACCAACAAUGAGACCAUCAGUCAAACCCAGCCGAUCUAUAAGGCACAAACUCCAAUGGUGUUUUUCUUCAGAUUUGGCUCUGUGUCUUCAUCCAAGUCUCAGCUGAUGAACAGUCUGAUCAAUGAUAAACACAACACGUUCUUCCACAGGAACUGUCCAGGCAGCUGCAGAACCAGAGUCCUGAUGGAUGGAGUGGUGGAGAUCGCCUGGUUCUGCCCUUCUGGGAAAAACACAGAUCAAUUCACUGACUGUGUUGCAUUCUGUAAUCUACACGGUGAUGCAGAAGACCAUGAGAAACAGCUGCAGAUCCUCACUGAAAUGGCUUCAGUCAAUGUUGUUCUUCUACCACGACUGGACAGGAAUGACAGACAUGCAGCAAAUAUUAAAAACCUGUUCACAAACAAAAAGCCACUUAUUGUCGUUCAUACAGAAGACGAAUUUACUGUAAUGAAGAAAAAACAACUGGUCAAAAUAGGUCUGAAAAACAGAAAUCAGUCAGAUGUAUCAGAAGAACUUAGAAGUGCUAUAAAUGAUUGUCUCUUACAAUCAUCUUACACUUUCAGACUUGAAGAUGUGUCCAAACACUCAGAUAUCAGAGUAGAUGAGGAAGAGGAUGAUGACAGCAGGAGAGGAAGAGAAGCAGCACAGCUGAUGAUAGGUUUAUUGGAAAAUAGAGAUCUGACAGAAAUCAAAGAAUCAUUUCUGCCUCAUCAGGGGAAACUGUGGCAUCAGUGGUGCCAGAAAAACAAAGAACUACAUCGACCUAAAGGACAAAAGAUAGAAAUGGAAGUGAGUGAAAAAAAAAAUGAAAUGAAGACAAUCCGGAAACAACAGCAUGAAUCUGAUGUAAGUGAGUUUAUGAAGCUCUUUAAUAAAAAAAUUAACUUACAUGAUAUCCAUGAAAGGAUGUUUUUCCUCAAAUGGCUCAGAAUCCUCCUGGAUGAACAGACAUCAAGUGACCUUUCUGCUCUUCUUCACAAAUAUGAUAAAGCAUGGUCAGCAGUCUUGAAACUGAAAGACAGCAGUAAUAAAUCUGAACAACAUAAAGCUAAACAAACUGAACUUGAGAAAAUAUCUGAGGAGCUUCAAGCUGCAACCUUUGGUCUGGAGCACAUCAUGAGGGAGAUCGGUCAGAUCUAUGAAUCAUGUUUAUCUCUGAAGAAGAACAAGAAAGACCUGGAGGUUCACUUCUCUUCUCUCCCGAGUCUUGCAGCAGAGAUGAUGAUCUCUGGAUUUCCUCUGGAGCUGAUGGAUGGAGAUGCUGCUCAUGUUCCUGUGUUCUGGAUCUCUGCUGUUCUAGAUCAACUCGUCCAGAAACUGGGAGACCAGAGAGUCUUUGUGCUGUCAGUUUUAGGGAUUCAGAGCUCUGGGAAAUCCACCAUGCUGAACGCCAUGUUUGGACUUGAGUUUGCCGUCAGUGCAGGCAGGUGCACCAGAGGAGCUUUCAUGCAGCUGGUCAGAGUCUCAGACGCGAUGAAAACACAGAUGAAGAUUGACUUCAUUCUGGUUGUUGAUACUGAGGGACUUCGUGCUCUAGAACUGGCUGGAAGAUCAACAAGAGAUCAUGACAAUGAAUUGGCCACAUUUGUUGUUGGAAUUGGAAAUCUGACCUUGAUAAACAUCUUUGGAGAAAACCCAUCUGAGAUGCAGGACAUUCUUCAGAUCGUUGUUCAGGCCUUCAUGAGGAUGAAGAAGAUAAAUUUGACUCCCAGCUGUGUGUUUGUGCAUCAGAACGUUUCAGACGUCACAGCUGGAGAAAAAAACAUGGAGGGAAGGAGACGACUGCAGGAGACACUGGAUGAGAUGACAAAACUCGCUGCUAAAGAUGAAGUCUGUGAUGCAGAAUGUUUCAGUGAUGUCAUUAAAUUUGAUGUUCAGAAAGAUGUGAAGUAUUUUGCUCAGCUCUGGGAGGGCAGCCCACCAAUGGCACCACCAAACCCAAACUACUGUGAGAACAUUCAAGAACUAAAGAAAACUAUUCUUUCUCAUGCUGCAAAAUCAAAUGGAAUUAUGCUGAAAGACUUAACAGUUCGUGUUGAAGAUCUCUGGAAGGCUUUACUGAAGGAACGAUUUGUUUUCAGCUUCAGAAAUUCUCUGGAGAUCUCAGCUUACAGGAAACUGGAAACGGAAUACAGCAAGUGGUCCUGGAGUCUACGCAGUGCCAUGAUGGAAACUGAGAACAAACUGCACAACAAAAUAGAAAAUGAAGUAAUUCAUGAGAUUGAGGAAAAUUAUCUUCAAUCAAAACUGAAGAAGACAAGUGAAGAAGUGAAAAAAUCAAUGUCAGAAUUCUUUGAGAAAGACAAAGAUAAAGAUAUACUGAUUCAGUGGAAAACAUCAUUUGAAAUAAAAAUCAAAGAUGUUGAGGGAAACAUUAUUAGGGACACAAAGAAGAAACUAAACGAGGUUCUUCAGCAGCGAGACUUGAAGAAAAAGAUUGAUGCUCAGAGGAAACAUCGUGAAGACACUCUCUAUGAAAAGAGCAAAGAACUUGCCUUAGAGCUCAAAUAUAAAAAUAAUAAUGAAGAAACAUUGAAGAAAGAGUUUGAUUCCUUUUGGGAACAGUGGAUAAAGGAGAUCAUCACAGACACCUCUCCAAUCAAAGAAAUUAACAUAAUGAGAGAUGUGAGAGAGAUCCUCAGGGACAUCUAUGGAAGUGUUUCUGUAGAUCACUCGAGGGAGAGCAAUGAGUACAACAAAGUUCUCACUGUGCAGAGUUAUUCAGAAUAUGUACAGUUAAAAAAAAACAGUGGAUUUAAAGGACAGGUUAAACAAGCCUUCAGCUCAGCUUUAGGUUUUGAUCCUUUACAUAAUGAGGAUGAAACCCAGAUAAGAUCAUUUGUCACAGAUGUUGUUCAGCAGACAGACAAAGAGAUUCAGUCAUUUAACAUUUCAAAGAUGGGCUAUAACAAAAGCUGCAUUCAAAAACUCACAGGUUACAUCAAGGCAAGAAUAAUACAACAUGAGGAAGGAUGCCUGAAAUAUGUGUUCAAGAAUGAAUUCUUCAUGGAUUUGGUUCUUUCCAUCUGUAAGAGAGCAAACAAGAUGAUCACUGACCAACACACAAUGUUCAGAGAAGCCAAUGAUCCUGUCAAAUAUGUUGAGAAAAAGAGAGAAGAGUAUUAUAGUAUUUUCCAGAAAUACUCUCAUGGAGUAACAUCAGCUGCUAUUUUUGGUGAGAUCAUCUGUCAGAAACUGAAAGAGCCCAUUGAGCAGAGUGUCCACAAGAAGACUGCUAGAGAUCUGACAGAUGAAAUGAGAUCAAAUUGUGAAUCGCUGAAUGGAAACAGAUCAAAUCUUGAGAAACACAUACUAGAGAAACUGGCAGAAGAGGAGGAUUUUGAAAAAUACAUGAACUACAUUCGUAAUCCCAGAGAUCACUUCAAGAGUUUCAUCAGAGAUGAAGUCAGUCGCUACAUCACUGAUCAGUUCAGUGUCAGUGUUUUACCAAAGAUGAAGGAGAACAUUAAAUUCCUGCAGCAGAAGAUCAUUAAAGCAGCUCACAAAUCUACUGAACAUGUUCAAGAGAACAGAGGAGAUGUUGGUUUGUGGUUGGAGAUUUUCACAAAGCAGUUCUCAGAUGAGCUGGUCUUCUCUGAAAAAGACCUCAGUGGAGUCAAACAUGAUGAUGUUGAGGAUUUCAACCUCCUAGAAGAUGUGCUAAGUAAUGAGCUUCCUUCUAUAAUGUCAGAUAUCACCCUUAGAUUCAAAACAAACACAUUUUCAGCAAAUCUAGACAUCCAGUUCAGGCCGGAUGAGCUUCUGACUGAUCACUUCUGUCAGUGCUGUUGGGUUCAGUGUCCGUUCUGUUCUGCCAUCUGCACCAACACCAUAGAAAACCAUCCUGCAGAUCACAGUGUUCCCUUCCAUCGAGUGGAUGGGCUUAAAGGAUGGAGUUAUCUUCUAACUGAUAAUCUCAGUGCUGAUUUUUGCACAACUUUAGUGGCAAGUGAAAAGAGCUUUUCAUCUCCAAAUGGGUGGAUUUCAUGCAAAGAUUACAGAAAAGCCGGAGGAGUUUAUGAAAGGUGGAGCAUCACUCCUGACCUCUCUGAGCUCCCAUACUGGAAAUGGUUUGUGUGCAGAUUUCAGGAAGAACUGGAAAAUCAUUAUAAUAAAAAAUUUGAGGGUUUUGGUGAGAUUCCAGAUGAAUGGAAAAUUCACAAAAAAAAAGAUGCUAUUCUAAGUUUGGAUAAAUGUUUUAAUAUUAUAAAAUAAUGGAACAGAUAAGAUUUAAACGCCCUUUAAAGCAACUGACUGAAUCUGAAAUAUAAACAUGCAGUUGCCCCCUACAUUAUAAUACUCCAAAGCUGUAUAGAAAAUAAUAAAAAAUUCUGUGUUUCCACUAAAUUCAGUCUGCUAUGGUGGGCCGCCACACCAGAAACCAUCCCGCCAUGGCUGCAGAUUCUCAGUGGCAUUAAAGUGACACCACCCACAUCAUUCACAUUCGAGAAAUUAACAAAGACAGAGCAUGGCCUGAACUUCAGAAUGGAAUUGUGGGUAUUUCACAUAUUUCUACUCAUUUAACACGAUGACAGAUGAUGGAAUUCUGUGUGAAAAAGAAAUUAAUACAGUACUAAAGGAUUCUUUAAUAGACCGGUUUCUGUGCUGAUUCAGUUAAAAAAAAUAAUAAUUUACCCGAGUUUGGUGUUUGUAGGUUGAAAGCUCUAGGAGGAGAUAGUGUUUAAAUUUUGUCUCAGAAGAAGAAGCUUAACGAAGUUAAUAAGCAUGACAGAAAUGAAGACCUAAUGUUCUAAAC